GCGUUGUCUCCAUCGUCCCGUCCAUCCAUCCAAAGCGGGCUCGCGGCUCCUCCCCCGAGUUACUGCUCUACUCCUUCCAGGACGCCUCGCUAGCUCCCUCCCAACUCCCAUCCGCGUGUAUGUUGAGCUAAAAAUCCCCCACAAUGCCAGUAGCCUUUGUUCGUACAUGGCCAGGACCAGCCGCAGCAGAAGCCCUCGCUCCCCUCUCUUCCUUCUGAGACGAACCAGAUCGCCUCGUUGCUCCCCUUCCUGCCGGCCCAUCCACUAGCGAGCUCAGCUGAUGGAUCACCGGAAGCAGCAGCGGAGCCCCAGUCCCCGGAGCGGCGGCAGCUCGGGCAAGGGGGGCAGCAAGGGGGGCAGCAAGGCGGGCGGCAGCGGGGGCAAGAAGCCGAUCAAGGUGGUGUACAUCUCCAACCCCAUGAGGGUCAAGACCAACGCGGCGGGCUUCCGCGCGCUCGUCCAGGAGCUCACGGGCCGCCAUGCCGACCCCUCCAAGUACAAUACCGACGACGGCGGCGCGGCCCAGGAACUCAGCCCGGAGGGGAGCGCGGCUGGGUCGACGCCUGACGCGGGCGCCCCCGGCCACGCCGCCGCUGGAGGGCAGCCGGAGCUCGCCGCCGCGGCGUUCGGCGACGGCGACCGCGACGAGGAGGAGGACAUCUUCGAAUCGCAGCUGCUGGACAACGACUACUCCGUCUUCUCGCCGCCGACGCUCCUCUACGACUACCCGCACAUCAACAAGGUGUAGUGACCAGUCACCCCCGAUCCCUUCCGCACGCUAGCUGCAUGUUAGCUGACGGCCUGACGCGUGUGCGCCCGCUCCUUAUUUGCAUGUCAUUUGAUGAUUUCGCUGUAUUGCAUGUGUGUGCCGCUAUGAUUUGUGCGUGCGUAUGAUGAUCUGCUAGCUCCAAUUUAACCCGUCGCAUCCCCAUGAUCGGCCUCAUAAUUCCCCUAUACACAUAUCUAUUUGGGGUCUCCGUCUUCUUCUUUCCCCUUCUCUUGUGUGGACAAGGCUGUAGUGAUGCAAUGUGCUACGUAGUGUACAUUUGUACAUAUGCCUAGAUGUCUCGGCAAUUGACCUUUUUCCCCAGGCCGGGGUUCGAUUAUUUCAUACUGUUUCUCUGAUUUUA